CCGGUGUCCGAUUCCACAGGAAUCCAGUCACUGACGGUACCAAGGCGACUUCCGGUCACUGUGCCCAGUAGGAUGUUGUUUGCAGAGGAAUCAUCCAGGAGCCCUCGCCGGGGGAAAAUAUGGCAGAAGUGGACCUGAGCAGCCUCGACAUUCUUAUAAGGAGACAUGAAUAGUCCUCAGCUUUCUGCCUCCCACUUAAAUGAGUGAAAAAGACAUCACGUGUGAGUCUAUAGCCCUCGUGAUGGAAAACGAGUGAGAGUGACGAGACUGCGAGCGUUUUUGGUGCCAGGCAGCAGCCGUCCAUCUGGUCAGUUCUCUGGCCGGUAGCAAUGUGUCCUCUGCAGCAGAAGCUGCUCUUGCAGAGGAAUUGUCCAGAAGCCCUCGCCGGAGGAGAAGCUGGCAGAGGUGGACCUGCUCAGCCUGAACAUCCUUCUAAGCAGACGUGAACAGUCCUCAGCUUUCUGCCUCCUGCUUUACUGGCUGUGAGUAAGAGUGCCAAGAGAAAUGAAGUCACACGUCAGAUUCUAUUGCCCUCAUGCGAUGGAAAGUGAGUGAGAGCAGCGAGCCUGUGAGCAUUGUUCAUGCCAGGCAAGAGCCAUCCAUCUGGGAGCCAAGCCGAUGCCACCGACACUGAGAUAAGUUUCUGUUUUGUUGAGGGUUCUGCUCACGCUCCAUCUGACUCCAGGUAGAGACACACCAUCAGCUGGGGCUGGGUUUGUAAGAAAAGGUUCCUGACUAGCUGUGGUUUUGAGGGAGACAUGGUUUGCAUUUCCAGGGGCUGCUCAUGUCUUUAGCCAGGACUGGUGUGUCCUCCUCAGCAUAGUAGAUCCAGGAGGAUGACUCCAGUUGUUUGCAGAAGAAUCAUCCAGGAGCCCUCACCGGAUGAGAAUAUGCAGAACCGGACCUUAGCAGCCUGGACAUCCUUCUAAGGAGACAUGAAUAGUCCUCAGAUUUCUUCCUUCUACAUAACUGGCUGUGAGUAAGAGAGGAAUUGUUCAGGAGCAGCAGCUGAAGGAAAAGCUGGCAGAAGUGGACCUGGGCCACCUAGACAUCCUCCUAAGCAGAGAUUAACAGUCUUCAGCUUUCUGCCUUCUGCAUAACUGGCUGGAAAAGAAGUGGAAGGUCAGAGUCCACUCCCUCAUGCGAUGGAAAGGGAGGGAUAGCAGGGAUACUCCGAGCAUUGUUGAUGCCAGGCAAGAGCCAUCCAGCUGGGAGCAGAGCAACUGUCACCAUCAGUGAGUCUUGGCUUUCACAGCAUUCUAUGGCCAGGAAUUCCACAGGUUGAGUGUGCGUUGUGUGCUUUUUAAAUGUAUCUAAAACGGUGUAAUGGGAGAUGAGAGACGAAGAUGAAAGAAAACAUUGAGAAUCCAAUGAUGACUUUGGUUUUCCCUCUUCUGUUGUGCUUUGGGAAAGGGGAAAGAAGUCAAAGCUACUCGUGCAGAGGGAUUGUCCAAGAGCCCUAGCUGGAAGAGGAAGAGGCAGACGUGGACCUGAGCAGCUUGGACAUCGUUUUAAGGAGACCUGACCAGUCCUCAGCUUCCUGCCCCAGCUUAACUGGCUGUGAGUAAGAGUACCAAGGGAAAAUAAGUCAUGCGCCAGAAUCUACUGCCCUCAUGCGACGGAAAGCAAUGAGACUGCGAGUAUUGUCAAUGCCACACAAAAGCUGUCCAACUGGGAGCGGAACAGCUGCCACUUUCAAUGAGAUAAGUGUCUGUUUUGGUGAUUGCUCUGCUCCCGGCCCUCCCUGCUCCUGGUAGAGACGCCACAUUAGCUGGGGCUGGGUUUGUAAGAAAAUGUUCUUGACUAGUUGUAGUUGUGAAGGACAACUAGUUGUAGUUGUGAAGCCCUCAUUUUCAGGGGCUGCUCAGUUCUCUGGCCGUGAGCGGCGAGUCCUCUGCAGCAGAAGGUUGGAUCCAGGAGGAUGACUGCAGGUGGUGAGUUGCUUGCCUUCCACCCGUGUUUUUCUCUCUGUGUCUUUCUGUUCUCUAGCAUGUUGGCCAACACACACCCUCUCUCUAUCUGUCUGUCUGUCUCUCUCACCUUUCCUUGUGCCAUCUCCCUUCAUAGGACACGGGCAGGGUGCUCAAUGUGCAUCCCCACAGGCUAGGUCUUGGGAGCCAUGGAGAAGGAAGAGCAGAGAAAAAUCAUGAGGGGCAGUGGGUGCUGAAGUGGAACAGUGACUGUUUACUCAUCUCUGUUCAUUGAGUUGGGCUCAGGUGGAUGGCAUGGGAGAGGAAGGGAGGAACGAGGGCAAGAUUUCAUGCACGAAUAGAACUUGUUGUACUGAUGGCUCAUGCAUGGGUUUUGCAGGUGCACUUGCAGAGGAAGUGUCCAGGAGCCCCAGGCUGAGGAGAAGUUGGCAGAAGUGGAUCUGAUCAGCCUGAGCAUCCUUCUAAGCAGACAUGAACAGUCCUCUCCUUUCUGAAUCCCACUUAACUUGCUGUGGUACCAGAGGAAAAGAGAUCCUGCAUGAGAGUCUACUGCCGUCAUGCAAUGGAAAUCGAGCGAGAGCGAUGGGACCGCAGGAAAUUAUUGCUGCCAUGAAAAAGCCGUUCAACUGGGAGUGGAACAACCACCACUCUCAAUGAGAUAAGUGUCUGCUUUGAUGAUUGCUCUGUUUUUGAGUAGCUGUAGUUAUGAGGGAGACAAGGUCCCCAUUUUCAGGGACUGCUCAGUUCUCUGGCCAGUAGCAGUGUGUCCUCUGCAGCAGAUGGUUGGAUCCAGGAGGAUGACUGCAGGUGGUGAGUUGCUUGCCUUCCACCCAUGUUUUUCACUCUGUCUCUCUCUGUUCUCUAGUAAGUUGGCCAACACACACCCUAUCUCUAUCCUUACCUUUCCUUCUGCCAUCUCCCUUCUUAGGACACAAGCAGGAGUUCUAGGUGUGCAUCCCCACAGGUUAGGUCUUGGGAGCCCUGGAGGAGUAGAAGGGGACGAAAACCAUGUCAGGCAGUGGGUGCUAAAGUGGAGCAGUGACUGUUGGUGUUAACUCGUUCUCUGUUCGAGUGGCGCCAAUGUAGAUGGGAUGGAAGAGGGAGGCAGGAUUGAGGGCAAGAUUUCACACACCAGUAGAGCUUUGUGUCAUGAUGGCUCAUGCUUGGCUUUUGCAGCUGUUCCUGCAGAGGAAUUGUCCAGGAGCCCCAGCCAGAGGAGAGACUGGCAGAAAUGGAUCUGAGCAGCUUGGACAUCCUUCUAAGUAGACAUGAACAAUCCUCAGCUUUCUGAAUUCUGAAUAACUGGCUGUGAGUCAGAGUACCAAGGAAAAAGAAGACACACGUCAGUCUACUGCUCUCAUGCAAUGGACAGUGAUGAAGAGUGAUGGGACCUUGAGAAUUAUUUGAUGGCAUGAAAAAGCCAUCCAUCUGGGAGUGGAACAGAUGCCACUGUCUCUGAGAUAAAUGUUUGUUUUGCUGAGGGUUCUUCUCAAGGCCCACCUGGCUCCAGAUAGGGACGCCCCGUUAGCUGGGCCUGGGUUUGUGUUUUUAAAAAAAAAAAGGUUCCUGAACAGCAGUAGUUACAAGGGAGACAAGGUCCCCAUUCUCGGGGCUGGUCAUUUCUCUAUUCACAAGCAGUGUGUCCUCCGCAGCAGAAGGUUGGAUCCAGGGAGAGAUGGCUCCAGCUGGUGAGUUUCUUGCUUUCCUCCCAUGUUUCUCUUGCUGUCUGUCUCUUCUCUAGUGUGUUGGCCAACGCUCUCUCUUUCUCUCUCUCUGUCUCUGUCCUUGCUUUCCUUGUGCCUUCUCCCUUCAUAGGACACAGGCAGCUGCGCUAUGGGUGCAUCCCUACAGGCUAGGUCUCAAAAGCUAUGAACAAGUAGGAGAGGAUGAAAAUCAUGCAGGAUAGUGGGUGCGAGAGUGGAGGCAGGUACUGGAAGAUGUUGUGAACCUAGACUGUUUUUGUCUGUGAUGGCUCUUCCAUAGGUGGUUAGCUGUUCUUGCAGAGGGCUGCUCCAGGCCAGCAGAGCAGCCCCAAACAGAGUAGGAGCAUCUGGAGGAAGCAAACGUACCCAAUCUAGCUGUUUUGCUUUGCAGUGGAGCCGAGGAGCGAUCUUGUAAUGUUUUUGUGAAAUGAUAUUUCUCUAUCCAGUAUCUGCAGAGUGAGAUGACUCGUGGAGAGCAGAGAGAUGCUUCUCCUAUCCCUGGAAUGGGUCCUGGGGAAGGUCCAGCUCUGCCUGUGGCUGGUAGUGGUCUGGGAUUGUCCCUUUCCUGGAGUGCUGUAGCUUCUUAGGAGUGAUGAGCAUUUUAGGCCCUGGGUGGGCUGGAGAGGAAUAGAGAAGGGAGCCCCAAUGAGCAGCAGCCAGUGAUGUGUGUGUGUCCAUUUUUCUUCCAUGCCCCAGUGCUGGCCUAGCUUACAAGUGUUCUCUCUUUCUCUUUUCAGUUCCUACUGAGAUUGGUCUCUGCCACAGGUUGGCCAGUCUCUCAUCUGACCAAAAAAGUAGUGGCCACCCUGAGCCCAUCCCUAGGGAUAGAAGCCGGACAGUAAUCUGCAGAAGGGAUCGUCCAGGAGCUGCAGCCAGAGGAGAAACUGGAAGAAAUGAACCUGAGCAGCCUGGACAUCCUUGUAAACAGAGAUGAACAGUCCUCAGCUUUCUGCCUUCCACAUAACUGACUGUGAGUUUGGUAUUUCUGACCAGAGUCUGCUAUGCAGAUCCCGACAGACACCUGAAGGGGAAUUCCUGCCAUUAGAUCAAUGUGAGUUGGAUGUUGGAUUUGGAACUGGAGCUGACCAGCUGUUUUUAGUUUCUCCUUUAACCAUCUGUCAUGAAAUCAACCCCAAAAGCCCCUUUUUUUGUCUCUCUAAAAGAUCGCUAAGAAGUGAGCAGUUUGAGAUCGUUGUCAUCCUUGAAGGAAUUGUUGAAACUACUGGAAUGACGUGUCAGGCUAGGACCUCCUACACAGAAGAUGAAGUUCUUUGGGGCCACAGAUUCCUCCCAGUAAUGUCCCUAGAGGAUGGCUUUUUUCGUGUGGAUUACUCUCAGUUUCAUGCCACCUUUGAAGUCCCUACACCUCCUUAUAGUGUUAAAGAACAGGAGGAAAGCCUGUCUCUUCCAUCUCCUUUCAAUACUCCUAUUGGUAACAACCGAAACAGAAGGGAACACAUCUGCUCACUUGACUGUAUUGAUAUUUUAGAAGAGAAAACAAACAAGUUUCCUAGCAAACUGCAAAAAAUUAGCUCCAGAAAGGCAGGCCUUCAGAGAAGAGUCAUGAGAAUGACUUCCAGCAAUGUAGAGAAAGCUUGCAGUACUGGAGAUCUCUUAAAAAUUCAGCAGAUAAGUUCUGUUCCCAGCAAUGAAGAUGGUGAUGAAAGGAUACAACUGAAGGCCUUCAGAAUCAAAUCUGAGUCUUUGACUCAGUCUACUGGAGAUCUUGAGUUACAGAAAAAGCCUCAAGGUAUGCUCACCUUAGGGACAAGACUAGAGGAUAAUUUGCCUGCCAAACUUCGAAAAAUGAAUUCUGAUCGCCUUUCCUAAAUAACAGAACUGCAUUGUAGACUUCUGUCCUUCAGGAUUAUUUUGGAAUACUACUGUGAUAAUUUGGUUUUGCCAAGGGAUUCUUCAUAAAUAACAAUUUUCAAAAUUAAUUGGCAUUUUUCUAUAAUAUUCAAUACAAAUUAUGAUUUAUGUAGCGUGGUAACUGUACAAGGUGCUAUACUGUAAGUUCACUGUGCCAAAUAAACAAGUCCCCGCUUUAAAGAUGUGUAUCAGCACUACUGUAACAGAUUGGUCUGGUCUUCCACCCUUUCAGAAGUCUUUCUGAAAUAAAAGGGGCCAGAUUCUCAGCUAUGACUGAAGUGCACAUAGUGCAGGUUGGGUGGGGGAGGGUUCAAUGGCAGCAUAAACCUCACCUUUACACUCCCCUGAUCCUAGGGCUGCUGUGUAUAAUGUGGGUAUUCUCCUUGUCACCCCUUCCCCCCCACGUCAUAUAUUAUAGUACCCCUAUGUGUGGUCUAAUCUAUGCCAUCUCUUAACACCCUUAAGGGACUAAAGCCAUCACUGGGGAAUUGUGUACCAUAAAGAUGGCCAGCCACAUCUCCUGUGCUAGCAAUGGGGAGGUUGGUGGGGGGGUAGCAGCAGGGGCUGUAUGAGCUGCUGUGCCACUGGGGGAUCCAUUACGCUUAUGUGAGCUUCCCAGGGCUGGAUGCACAUGUUCUAAUGGCCAGCAGCCAGAUUGAUUAAAGGAUUUGGACAAAGAAGUAGAUUAAGAAAAAGUACAAAACUUUUUUCUCCUACCACUAAAAUAAUUAAAUCUGAAAUUUCUACAUUUUAUCAAAAACAAUUGGUGAGAUAACAGAGGCACAGAAAUGAGUAUGGCCCUGAAUACUACAGUCCUAUGAUAUGAAAAAAUAAGGAUUUUUUCAGAAGGUAGGUGACCAGCAGUGUCUCAAACGCAUGAGUAAAAAAUUAUAUUUUGACUUAUUGAAUUUUAGAAAAUGGUAAGAACUGGACUCGUAUUUUAUUUUCUUAACGUCAUUAGUUCCAUAGUUAUCAAAUAAUCAAAUGUUUGCUUCAGUUUCUAUUCUAGAAUUGUUGUUCAUCUUUGCCCUGUGGAAAAAUGACUUGUUUCCAGACUAUGGAGAGCAAACAAAAUCAUAUCUUAACUAUUUAAUAAAUUAAUAUUUAGUACUUACUGACUAUGAUGCUUUGCUUCUUCAAACCAUUCCACAAGAAGAUCAAAUUCUACUCUGGUACACUAAUGCAAUUUCACUGAAGUCAGUGGGACUGCACUGGCAUAACAGACCAGAAUUUGGUCUAUUAACUAAUCAUCACAGCACCACUUGUGACAGAGAAACUCAAGCAGAGAUUAAGUGAUUUUCCCAUUGUCACAAAAGCAGAUGGAUCUCCAGUCAGGGUUAGAAUUCAGAAGUUCCUGAUUCCCACUCCUGUGCUAAUACCCCCAAAACCAAUAAGCUGCCCAUGUAGAAUGGAAUGGACAAGAGCAACACAUCUCGAAGAACAACAGUUACGAAAGGUAGGUAACCGUUUAUGUCAUGCUAGCACAAUAUUCCUUAUUUCUAAAGGAUGGUUAAGUUACAGGCACUAUGGGAUUGAUAAUGUCCUUAUUUGGAUUUCCCUUCAACUAUUAGGUGUCAGUUAUGUACAGAGACCAAAGCCAGUCCUAGGGCAGUAUAGUGUAUUUGGAUUCUCUUUGGUAAUCCAAGCUCUGAGGCUGGGAAUUGUGGCAGUAAAGUCACUUUCUAUUUUUAGACAAGAGGAAGACAUGUGAACAGUUGGAGUUCCUGGGGGUGGGGGAAGAAAUAUUGAUAUGCCUUUGCUGAAGAAAGGGGAGGGAAAACAUCUCCCAAAUUCUUCAGGAAUUUGAACUUCCAGCAAAUUUGCAUGGUUAGGAAACAAAAACUAAUGAAAACGGGAAACAUGUUGAUAGAUGGCUUAGCCUGUGUCUCUGUUUUUGAACUGCUUGUACACACACUAGAGCUGCAAUGCUAUACUGUACAUUGGAUGAAGGGAAAAAUGAUAUAGGCAAUGCGUUAACUGAAAAAUUAAUUACAUCAAAGUAUUCAUUUUCCUUGUAUUGUAUGGCCAUUAGACCAGGUGUUUGGACUCCAUUUUGUGCAGUCUGGGGAUACACUUCAGCUAGAGAGCGAGCAAAAUUUGAAAUAGAUUUAAUAAUGGAGAGAAUCAGAAAAAAAACCCAUCACAAGAGCUGCGUCUUUUCCGAUGCCUUUUAAGAGGCCAGAAGAGUUUUAGCAAGCCGUCCUUACCAUGCGCACAGUUUCUUUAAAAACUCAAGAGCAUAGCCACAUAAAUGCACAAGUCCUCCUUUUCGUUUUCCCCAUAUUCUUACAAAAGAAAUCAAAUGUCAAACUACAAUUCUGUUAGUUGAUGUUGUGUAAAGAAUGUGAUAUUAAAUAUAAACACGUAAGGAAAUUCUAAAAAUUAAGACACAAAACAUUAACUUGGAUGCAGUGCACAUACAUAGUGACACAUACAUUUAACAACAUAGACAGCUGACCUGCCAAAGUAUACACUGCUGUGGAAACCAUCACUUUUGAAUGUACACACUUUGCUCAUCUAAAUUCUCUGGUUUAAAAGUUGCCUGCAGAAGAUUUUAAAAAUUAGGCUUGUGCCCUCCUUUUGCUUCUUUAGGGUGAGGUAGAGUGACUGGAGGAGCUGAUUAUCUUUUCCUUAAAUAACUGUCUGUUGGUGAUGGAAAUUUAUUAUAAAUGAGCUUGGGCAGAUGUGAAUAUUGAAAGGCAGCAGAAAAUGGAGCAGCUAGAGCAUCUCUUCUUCCUUCCCUAUGAUGAAAAAAAGACGUUUUAUAUGACUCUAAAAUUGUCUGAACAGUACCUGAGUGAACACACAUCCUGCACAUUUAAAACCAGAAGGGAUUAUGGUAAUAGUACUCAUCCAAAAGGGCUUGAAAAACUCCUGGCCUAUAUUUGGCUUUUCAGUUCUAGCCCUGCAUGCACCAAGUCAUUGGUUUGAUAAGUAAAAUCCAGGCUGCUGCAAUUUAAUCUCUAGUAUUGUGAAGAACACAAACAAGCUUGUCUGUGCUACUGUUCUAUGUUAGUUUUAUCUUAUUGAGUACAAUAAUUAGUGCCCUAUUAAAUGAAUUGAUGUUUGUAAUAUGCUUUAAAAAUGUGUCCUAUAAAUGCUGUGCUUACUGUAAUAAGCAGGAUAGCAGACUGAGAUACUGUACUGCAGACUGGAUUCAGCUGCCUAGCCCCCCUUUAUCACCAGAUUCUAAAAGUGUACAGACUCCGUGCUGUGUGUAUUUUGGCCCCCAUUCCCCCUGACUGGUGUAACUAUACAGAUGUAGUUAAACUGAUAGGGAUUUUGCAUCAGUGUAAAACAGGAGUACUGAAGUAACACCUGUGCAAAUUUUCCUAAUCUAAACAAGCCCGUAGAGCCAAUAUUUCACAAAUAAGCAUUAGGAAAAAGAAAAUUUCUAGCAGUGUAACUUCACCAAAAUUAUAGAGUAAUUUUUUAAAAUUGUUUAUCAGGUGAGGUUUAAAAUGUAUGUUAUCCAAUAUAGUGAUCCAGCAACUAAAAAACUGGAGUGAGUUCGUUCAUGGAUUAGACCACUGAAUAGUCUGACAACAGUUUUCAAGUACAUAAAAGGUUGUUACGAGCAGGGAGAAAAAUUAUUGUUCUUAACCU